GAUAGAUAGAGCACCGGCCGGAAAAUUAGGGCACACCGCGAUUCCUUAGCCAAAUUGAAGAUGAGGAGAAUUCCUCUGCUGCAUUACUGUUCCAAUGCUAUUCGCUUUAGCUCAUGCUUUGCUAUUUUCCGUUCUGUUUUGGCAUUUACAACCAGAGAUUGUUCUUCUUCUCAUAGCAAUACAUCCAUUCCGGCAAAGGGUAAAAUUGGGGUAGCUAGCAGGUUUGAGAAUGUCAAGUGUUUAGAUGAAGCUGUGAGUCUAUUCCGUCGAAUGGUAAGAAAGCAGCCUCUUCCUUCUGUUUUCGACUUCUCCCAAUUAUUAAAGACUAUGGUAAAUAUGAAGCAUUACUCUUCUGUUGUUUCCCUUUUUCGAGAAAUGCUGAAAUUAGGCAUCCCAAUUAGUGAUUCCAUCUUGAAUAUAGCGAUUAACAAUUAUUGCCUAAUGCAUUGUUCUGACUGUGGAUUUUCAGUGUUAGCCAUUUACUUGAAGAAUGGCAUUCCAUUUGAUGUUAUCACCUUUAACACCUUAUUAAGGGGACUCUUUGCUGAAAAUAAGAUCAAAGAUGCAGUUGUCUUGCUCAAAAAGUUGGUGAGAGAGAAUAUAUGUGAGCCUAAUGAAGUCACAUAUUUGACCGUCAUUAAUGGGCUUAGCAAAAGGGGCCAUACUCAGAAAACUUUUGAUUUACUUAAGGUAAUGGAACAAGGAAGCAUUAAACCCGACACACAUAUCUACAACAUUGUUAUAGAUGCCCUAUGCAAAGAUAGAAUGAUAGAUGCUGCUAUUAGCCUUUUCGAAGAGAUGAAACAAAAAGGCAUGCCUCCGACAAUUAUCACAUAUAAUGUGUUGAUUGAUGGUUUGUGUAAGUUUGGUAAGUGGGAAAAGGUUAGGACUUUGUUCUUAGAAAUGAUAAAUCUUAAUAUUUAUCCAGAUGUGCACACCUUGACCAUGGUGAUAGAUGGAUUAUGCAAAGAAAGAAAAAUUGAAGAUGCUGAGAAGGUAAUGAGACACAUGAUCGAAAANGUACUUACUACU